CUCCGCUUCAAUAUCGACCCCGACAUCUACGGCAUUGCCUGCGGCAAACAUUUCUCCGCCAACAUCAAUGUGAAAGAUGCAGGCUCCCCUGCCUCGACCAGCGCUGUCUGUAAUGCUGUGCGCGAUCUUCUCGUCAGUUCCGACAGCAAAGGCAACAGCAACAUCGACCUGGUCUUCACCUGUCCCGGACGUUCUGUUAGCAUUGGCGGUGGCGACCGUGAUAUCAAAAUUGUGCUGAAUACCGAAGAAUCACCAUCUUUUAGCGAUGUUCAUAGCGCCACUCCCGGCACCAUGACAGUCACCGGCGAAAAGGAGAAGUUCAUUGUGACUACACCCGUGGAUGUAGGAAUAACCAAGUCCUCCAACAGCGAAUUGAUCUGGCAGUACAUCACUUGC